AUGGGCCGCAAGCCCAACCCCCUCAUCCUCGAGUACUUCGUCCGAGGCCCCAAGCUCAACGACAACAGUAAUCGAUACCCGCACACGUGCAAGCAAUGUGGCGAGAACUUUCCCAAGGGCAGGAUCGAUAGCCUGACCACGCAUAUCACCAAGAAGUGUCCUGCCAUAUCCGAAUCGGAUCGUAUGCGAGCCUGCCUCGAACUCCAUGGUAUUACGAAUGCCCGAGCACCUGCUGAACGACCACCUCCCGAGACACAGCCAAACGGACAGCCAGUCGAUGUUCCCAAUCUUCCCCAAGGAUGGAGCGCCCUAGAAACUCUAGCCGAAGCGUCGCGGCAGGUUGAUUUGAACGAGAACAACCGUGCUCAGAGCGUACAAGCUUCUGUUGAUCCUUCCGACCCUGCCAACCCUCAACAUGUUUCGGAUCGCUUCGAGCUUCACGAGCAGUUUACGCUUGAUAACCCUCCAGUGAGCUGUGAGACCCGAUCUCAACAGGGAAGCAGAGGUGUGAUUCAACAGCCGCUCCCAGGAACCGAGCUAUCGCCUGAGGAACGCCUCCAAGCAUUGCUUCCCAACAGCGAUGCUUCCCCUGACGUCUCAAACAUCUCGGUUGCCGUUGCCGCUACAGCUAGACUGAACCCGUCACUUCUCGAUCCCCAACUCGUUGACGAGAACGGUUCCGCGACACCACCACCAACAAUGGAAAUUCCGGCCACAAUCGAAACGUCGCCCAGUGCAGUCACCGCGCCUGAUAGUGGAAUCUCACAGCCAUGGGGCGAAAUGACAUAUCUAACAACCGCCUCGCCGGUUUCUCUCAUCCACGAACACCCUCCACCACCUAUCCAGAUGACUCGUGGUGGCAUCCGGAUGGACACAAGCGACGGACAGCUCAAUGGAAGACCCCGCCAUGCUCGGUCCCGUUUCACUGCCGCGCGACGCAAAGAGGUCCAAGAGGUCCGUAAAAUUGGCGCCUGCAUUAGAUGCAGAAUUCUUCGCAAGAACUGUGGCAAAGGAACACCAUGCGAUACGUGUCGAAAGGUUCUUGCCCCUAGGGUAUGGAGAACUGGCUGUGUCCGGACUAGGCUUCAGGAACAGCUCGAUUUAUACUCGGCUGGUGUUCAGGUUGUCCUGUCCCAGAAUCGCAUCAACCUCCUGAAAAACCAGCUAAACAUGGCCCACGACGGCACUGUGAUAGAAGUAUCGCACUUCCCUGAAACCGGCAAAGUCAUUGUUCUUGAGGCUAUGGUCGCGUUGCUAGAGCCUAGUGACACGCUAGCAGAAAUUCGAGGCAGUAAAGAGUCAUUCAUUCAAGUGAUCAUGAUCGACCAGGAUAAAGAGGAUGUCCCCGGAAAGGUGGAGGCCUACAUGCGCGACGUGUUUCAACUUUUCAUCGAUAGGGAACCAUCCAAGUUCAUGCGCGUCACUCUGGACCUCGCACUUCAGCAACUCCAAGAAUCGGAGGACGAUUUGCUUCGAAAGUCUCUGGAGUUAUGGGGCCUGGUAGAAAGUAUUGACCGCGAAAGGCAGUGGAAUGUUGUCGAAAGACCGGCGAACGAAAAUGAAGAGCCUAGACGCAUUCAAGAGGCGAAAAGCGAGAACGACGCCGACAUCUACACGACUCUCUGCAUGCAACUCAAUGCAGCAGCAGAGAGAAAGGCCAACAACACGUCCAAGGCACUUUUGAGUGGCAUGCAUCGUGUCUUGCAGGACAGCAAAGUGAAGGUCAACUUCAAGAUGUACCUGACAGCCGUCAUUUUCCUCAACUGCCUCGAGAAGUCGACAUGGGCUUUCAAGGCUUGGGAGCAAGACCAUCUCCGCCCAGGAUGGCCUUUGGAAAGAGAUCCUAGUGUCUUUACACAGCAGGGCGAUAACCUUGCCGGGUUGUUGAAGAUGCUUUUAGCAAUUCGCAAGGCUCUUCCACAGACACUUCGUGGCGAGACGGGCAAGCUUAUCACUUCGGAACAAGAUCCCGUGAUUGGGGCUUAUUUCCAAAGCAUCGAUCUAGACUAUGACACUAUCCUCUCCCGACAAGAAGGCUCCCCCUUCUCCCCUGCAGACUCUCGAUCUCUAGAGAUGAUGUUCUGCUCUCAUCUUCUCAUCACAAACUCGCCCUAA